AUGGCGCAGCCAGGAAUUUUAGAUAAUCUAGACAAAGAAGGAGGGAGGUACGGUGAUAUAAAGAGAGCUAUGCUCAUGGCUCCGUCUUUUAAUUCAAGGAGUAAAUCUUCCCUUUGGUGGAGGGACCUUUGUUCUAUCGGUGCGGAUUCUACGGUCACUUCUCCAAAUUGGUUCGCUUCUUCUAUAUCCCUUAAGCUUGGUUCGGGUUCCUUCAUUCUUUUUUGGAUGGAUCGUUGGUUGUGUAACAUUCCGCUAAACACUAUGUUUCCGGAGUUGUUCUUGUUAGCCGAAGACUCUUGGUGCAAGGUAACAGACAUGGGGUUUUGGAAUGGAGAUUUUUGGAGUUGGCAUUUGACAUCUUUUAUUACACCCAUGGAUCGGGCAGCCGCGGCUCAGUUUGAAGAACUCCAGAUUCUUCUAGUUCCGGUUCAUCCCACUAGGGUGGAAGAGGAUGGUUUCAAGUGGUGGCGUCACGCUUCCGGUUUUUCGGUUAGUAAUGCUUAUGAUUCUUUCUCCUUAUGUGUUGUUCCGGAUUUUUCUUUGGAAUCCUCUUUCCGUGUGGCUUUCUCUAGUAUUUGGAAAACAAAAGUUCCUAGUAGAAUCCUUAUUUUUGGUUGGAGAUUGAUUUCGAAUAGGCUACCAACCAAGGUUGAAUUAGCUAAGAGGGGCAUUUUGGUUAAUCCAAGUGAGCUUCGUUGUCCUUUUUGUCUUAAUUUCGAGGAAGAUCUCAAUCAUCUCUUUUUUGAGUGUUCUUUUACUAAUCGUUGGUGGAGGAAUUUUCUUUAUUGGUUACAUUUGAUCGACGAUUCCGCGGUUGAUUCGAUAGUGGGUCGUCUUUGUUGGUUGGAGAAGCAUUGUGAUAAAGUGAGGGGCGUUGGUUUGAAGUGGUUCCUUGGUCUUGUUUUUUGUUGGAUUGUGUGGAUUGGUAGGAAUGAAGUCCCGGGAGGAGUGGUUCUUAGAUCCGGGUUUUUUUCACGUUAUGAUUUUAGAUGGAUUAUUCGUUGA